AUGACUAAAGAGUACACUGUCUCGGCGACUGAUGCCAAGCCAGGAACUGAAGGAGGUGGUCAUACAUCGCUUGCUUUCCCGCUUGUUAACAUAACAAACAGUCUAGACAACAACAACAAGCUGUACCAAGAGCUAGGCCUCCAAGAAGACCACUUGUUGUUCCCCCAGAAGGCCGGUUUCCGUAGUAGCCUUGAGGAGGUGGGUAUUGGCCUUGAGGGUACUGGCCUUGAGGGUAUUGGGGGUAUUGAGAGUAUUGAGGAUAUUGGCCUUGCAGAUAUUGGCCUGGUGGGUAUUGUCCCUGACCAGGAUAAGGGCCUUGUUGCUGGUUAUAAUAGCCCAUUUGCGGGCCAGGCUGAUAAUAUGCCUGUUGACCUUGCGGCCCCUGGAUGCCUUCCUGAUAGUUACUUGACUGGCCGCCUUGUUGGUAACCUCCAUAUCCUCCAUGCUACUGCGAAUCGCCAGAACAACGAGAGAAACCAGGUCAAAAAAGAAUGA